UUGGUAUUAAGGAGUUUUAUUUGGUGUUAAGGAGUUUUAUUUCCAAUUUUGGUGACAGUUCUGGCAAGUCACGGACACAGCUCUUGAACCCCCGUGAUUUCACAGAUUGUAGGACCAAUCAGCCCAAGGUGGGGCUGUAUUUCUGCUGGGCACCCCUUGUCCUGAUCAGUAUGGACAGGAAAUCCCACGCCGGGGGAGCCCUGCUCUGCUCUGUGUUGCCUGACACUGCAAUGACCUGGUCCCCUUGGGCAGCAGCGGCACCAAACGAGAGGUGUUGCUGGUGUGCUCCUCAGGCAGGCUGCAUGCAGAGUGAGAUGUCAGCCAGGCUGUCUUCUCAGAGUUUUCCAGCACCAGCCUGCACAUUUCACCUCUUAAACUGAGCAGUUUUUGUGACGUGGAUCCUGGUGGACGUGGUCCAGACUGACUGCCGCUGGGCUCCUUGAACAGUCUGGUCUCAGAGCUCCAACACCAUAGGGAUGCUGUUGGUGUUUCCUGCAGGGCCAGGGUUCCAGAAUGGCUCUGGAGGUUUGCUUGUGCAUUUUCUGGCACUCCUCCUUUAUCGGGGACUUUCACUGCUCAGUGUUCUUUUUUGUAACUCUUUGGUUCCACUGCCUUUGCUGGACCCAUCUUCUUUGCUUUGCCUUUCGCAGUGGAUUUUCCCUCUUUCUUUUUCCCAGGCUGUGUUUUGAUAGAAGACACCUCCAGGAUUGCUGGCAGCUGACUGAAAGGACACAGUAGGAGGGGUCCAUCUGAGUGGGCGAUCACUCUUCCUGGAGCCUCCAUCGAGUUUCACCUUCCACAAGGUAUAACUGUACAAGGAACAUCUGACACAGAGAGACAGCAAAUCAUAAAUAGAAAUAUAAUUAUGGCCAUAGGGACAAUGAGAUAGAGCGUUCUUCGUUCCGGGGUUUGAGUGGCAGUCGUCACGGCCAAUUGGAGGGGAGGGGCCGGCGGCGACGGGACUCGCUCGAAGGCGCCCGGAGGAAGAGGCGGGGGGAAGCGCGGCAACCGGUCGGCCGUGGGAGCCAAUCGGCGUGCCGGGCGGGGCGGGGCCCGCCAAGCGGCGGAGCGGCCCGGUUUCGCUGCGGGAUACGGAGGGGCCUUGGCGCUGCUGGCCCAGGCUCCGCAGCGUCUCUGGAGCCUCGCGGCCCCGGGGCACCCGAAGUCCCGGUUCUGGUAACGGCGCGCAGGCCCUCCUCCAAACCCCAUCUCCAGGACCCACCAGUCCCAAGCCGCCCUUUCCCACAGGUGGCUCUCAGGCAACCAUGGAGGACCCACGGUGCCUGCAGGCCAACUGCUUCUUCCGUGGCAAGGAGCACAGCAUCCAGCUGAGUGUGAGCCAAGCAGUGCUGGAGGUGGAGGUGCAGGAGCGCUGCAGCACCAAGCGCUGGCGGGGCCGCUUUGAUGCUGCCUCUGUCGAGGACCUGACACGCAAAACGGGCAACUUCAAGCAGUUUGGGAUCUUCUGCAGCAUGCUUGAAGCAGCACUGAUGAAGAGCAGCGAGGCUGUCAGCCUGGAGCUGCUCACCUACAGUGACCUGGAGGCCCUGCGGUGCUGUAAGGCAGGGGUGGCAACACAUGUCCCCCCCUCAGCCUCGCCACUCAGCAGCAAGCGGUACCUCAUCCUCGUCUACUGCGUUGAAUUUGACAGGAUCCACUACCCGCUGCCAUUGCCCUACCGUGGUGAGGCAGACGUGGCUGCGCUGCGACGCCUGGUGCAGGAGCAGCAGGACGAGCUGGCACACCUGCGGGAUGAGCUGCAGUGGGCGCAGCAGGAGAUGUGGAGGCUGGAGGACAAAAGGCUGCGGGAUGAGGCCUGGCAUCAGCAGGAGCAGCAGCGGAUGACCAAGGAGCUGGCAGAGGUGAAGGCGGCUGAAAAGAUGCUGCGGGCACAUGUGAAUAUGCUGACGGCUGAGUUGGUGGCAUGCAGGAAAGGGCGCAGCACAUCAGCCACAGCACCAGGCCCCCCACGGAAUCGCCACCGCUCUAACUCCCGGGACAGCCGCAGUAGUAGCCAAGGCCGCCUGCCACCACGGUCCCCAUCUCCUGCAGGUUCACGGCCACCGCGCUUCAACCCCACAGCCUUUGUGAGAGCCCGCGAGCAACAGCGGCAGGAGGCUGAGCUCCGAAGGCAGAAGCUGCCACGUGGGACAGUGUCAAAUGGUGACGACUGUAAGAGGAGGUGCAGGCGCAGCUCUUCGGCUGAAAGUUUCCAGAGCCAGCGCUCAGCACUGAGCUCAGGCAGUGAGGCUGGCACGUGUCCCCAGCGCCGCAGCAGGGGCUUGGGGGGUCCUAGCACCCGGAGUCCACUGAGUGCUUCAUCCUGCAACAGCACUAGUGUGGCAUCUCACCUGGAUAGGGGCCGCAAACAGCAGGGGAAAGAGAACCUGGGCACAGAGCCCUCAGCCACACUGUCUGAAAUCGAUGCCCGGCUUCAAGCCCUGCAGGUCUACAUCAGCACCCUGGGCACUCACACGUGAGCCCCCCAGGGGCCACCAGAAGCUCGCCUCAGAGGGACCAGACCCAGGCAUUGGUGUGCCACGAGGCCACCAGUGCCCAGGCUGUGUCCCGACUGUCCCCCAGAGGGAACAGCACUGGCAGGAUGUGGUGUAAUAAAUACCUUCAUGGCUGUGCGGGACAAGUGGUCUGUGUCCUUAUCCUUCUCCUCCCCCCUGCUGACAGGAUGGGGAGUUGGCACCUGGCUCCUAGCCUGCACUGUCCCAUGGCCUCACACCUCGCCAAUGCCCCUGAAGUCUUGGCCUCAGGAACCAUCCUGAGUCUUCAGCUGCGAUCCUCAGGGUUGUGGAGCCAUGGCAUUCAGGAAGGGCUUGGACUGGGGGGGGGACCUUACAAGCCCCUCUUACUGUGGAUGGGUUACCCCCUACCAGAUCAGGAUGCCCAGGGCCUCAUCAAGGCCUGACCUGGAGCACUUCCAGGGACGGGUCAACCCCAGCUUCUCUGCACAUCCUGUGCCAGUGCCUCAUUGCUCUCCCUCCAAGAAAAGAAUUUUUUCCUAACCUCUAACCUAAAUCUCCCCUCUUUUAGCUUAAAACUCUUCCCCCUUUUCCACUCACUAUCAGACCAUGUAAAAUGUUGAUCUCCCUCCUGCUUUGUAAGCUCCCUUUACAUAUUGGAAGGCUGUAAUGAGGUCUCUCCCCAGAGCCUUCUCUUCUCCAGGCUGAACACCCCCAGCUCCCGCUGCCUGUCUUUGUGGUAGAAGUGCUCCCGGCCCUCUGAGCAUCUUUGUGGAACUGCCCUGACACAAAUGCAACAGCAUAAGCCUGCACUUUGCCUUGUUAAACCUCAGUAGGUUCCUUUGAGCCCCUUAUUCAAACAAGCCUCUCCAAGUCUCUCUGAACAGCAUUCCCUCCUGCAUUAUCAACCGCAGCGCUCAGCCUGGUGUUAUCAGCAAACUUGCUGAGUGUGUGUUCAGUCUUGCUGGGUUAUUAACAAAGUUGUUGAAGAGCACCGGUUCCAAGACAGAAGCCUGGGGGACACCACUUAUCACUGGCCUCCACCUGGACAAAGAACCACUGACCACAGCCUUAUGGCUAUGACCAACCAACCAACUCCUUAUCCACAGUAGAGCCUGUCCAGACGUAGAUCCAUAUCUGCAAUUUGCAGAUAAGGAUGUGGUGUGGGACCGUAUCGGAAGUCCAGGUAGAUUACGUCAGCUGCCCUUCCUUUGUCCACCAAGGCCAUCACUCCAUCACAGAAGGCCACUGGAUUCGUCAGGCACAAUAUGCCCUUGGUGAAACCAUGCUGGCUGUCUUGGAUUGCCUCAUCUUUCUCGUGUCUUAACAUCGCUUCCAGGAGGAUCUGCUCCACAAUCUUCCCAGGUGCAGACAUGAAGAUCGCUGUCCCACAGUUCCCCGAGUCUUUUACCCUUCUUAAAAAACGGGUCUGAUGUUUCCUUUUUUCCAGGUGGACUUCACCUGACAGUUACAGCUCUUCAAACAUGAUGGAGAACGGCUUGGCAACCACAGCAGCCAGUCCUGUCAGAGCCCUGGGAUGCAUGUUGUCCAGACCCAUAGGCUCGUACACGUUAAGUUUUGUAAGGUGGUCUGAAAACUCUAUUUGAUUCAGCGUGCUCUUAUUUUCCCAAGCAUUGUCAGAGACUUUUGUUGUUGUUGUUGUUUUUUUCCCACUUGUAUUUGGACGAGGCUGUCCAUGACUGUGUGCAGAUAAGAUUUCCCACCAUCACUUCUGCAUCUGAUCUCUUUAGAGAAGACGCUGAUAGAAGACAAAAAUUACUGACGUCUCCACAAGACGUUGAGAUAUAAAACGUUCCUUUUGUUUCUUAUGUCCACUGGCAUGGCAAGCAGUCUAGUCUGUCACAUCAGCAGUCAACACAUACGAGCAAGAGGGUAAGUGGGGCUGGCUUGAAAUGAUGGGAAGGGCAGCAGUUUCAGUGGCAGCUGUGGAAAUGGCUGCAGUCCAGUAGCAAAACCAUUCUCACUUGGGUCAGUUGUCUGUGUAGCUGCUACAGAGCUGCACGAUGCAGGGAGCCAGGCACUUGCUACUCUGUUUGUAUGAGACAGCAGUGAAUAGAUUGACCAUGCAGGAUUUUGGUGGCUGACAUCGCCUCCAGAAGUGUAGGGGUGCUUUGAGUAUCGAGGGGCCGGGGUUGCAGGCAAUCUUCCUCCAGGGACACAUGUCCCCUUGGGUUGCCAUUGCCUGAGGGCAUUGGGGCUGUGCCAGCCCUCCCAACAGUGCCAGGGCAGGUGGCAGGAGCUUGGGGCGGGUUGUGCGUCCCCCGGUUACAUCCCCCACAGCUGAUGGCGGCAUUCGUGAUGUGUCUCCGUGGUUGAUUCCACAUCCCCACGAUAUGGCCCCGUGGUGGCUGAUGUGUCCCCAUGCUGGGCGAUGCGAUCCCACGGUGUGUCCCUGUGGUGAGGACAUGCUGCUCGUGAUGUGUCUCUGUGAUGUGUCCCCAUAUUGGGUGAUGUGUCCCCAUGCCACAUCCUCGUGUCACCUUACUCAGCUGCUGGGUGAAGAGGAGGCAGCACUGCUGCAGCACCUCCAGGCCAUCCAACAGCUCCAGCAGCACCGCAUCCCGUGCCAUCAUGGUGACUAUCAAAACCAAUGUGUUCACUGGAAGACCCUCCCAAAAUAAGCAGGUAAGCAGAGGAAACUUGCCAAUACAGGCGUGUAAGCAGAGGGAACCCGCCAGUACAGACAAGCCUAUCAAAAGAAGACACGUCAAUGUAGGAACGUAUCGAAACAAAGCGUGUCAACGUGAGAGAAGCUACCAAAGCGACCUUGUAAACAAACCUCGUGACGGAAGACCUUACCAAGAUAACUGGCACAGCCAACCAUAAAGAGCACCCUACCAAAGCCAAGCCCACAAAAACAUCCUCUUGGGUACCAUACCAAAGCGAUCCCUGUGAACAAAUCCCAACAUGGGAGAUCCCACCCGGUCAAGCUCCCUAGUAAAUACACACAUGGGAGACCCUACCAAGCAUCCUCUCACGUAAAGACAAUGACGUAGUAGAUCCUGCCAGACCAACCUUGUAAACGAACUCCAUAAUGGGAAAUCAGACCAAAGCAAAUCCCAUUGUGAUUGAUAGCCCCUACCAAAACCACCUUCGUAAAAAAAACUCCACCAGGGGAUGUUUCUAUGGUUCUACGGGAGUCCUGACCAAAAAUAACCUCGUGUAAACAGACACGGAGAUCAUACCACAAAAGAACCCCAUCAGCGCGACCCCACAGGAUACUACACAAACACUACCGUCCUCACACUUCCGCCCGCCUCUGCCGCCUCGCUCCCUGCCACAGCCUCCUCCAAUCGAAGC